UGACACUACUCCUGCCCUCAGUAGAGAUGGUUUCUUUUCUUGGUGUAUCUAUAAGCCUCCUUCGCCAGCCACUGCAUCGAUCCGUAAAGAUCCUACCUCAGCGCAAUCCCUUGUGUUGCCUGAAGUGCUACCCAGUUCCAACGGCUCGACGUUCAUAUUCCCUUCAUUACUCUACAGUGGCCAGUCGGGAUAAGACCAUCUCAUCCCAGGGCAUGUCACAGAAGACUGCACGCCCUGCCAAAGGCAAGCCUUCGCCUCCAAGACCCAGUUCAAGUGUAAUCCUGGUCUCGCCAAAGAAUGAGAUCCUUUUGCUACACCGCGUCAAGAGCUCCUCGUCAUUUGCGUCCGCGCAUGUCUUCCCAGGAGGAAACAUCUCGCUGCAAGACGGAGAAUAUCCGCCGCCAGAGCAUCCCAAGAGACACGACGAAGCAAUUUACUACCGGAAGGCAGCAAUCAGAGAGCUAUUCGAAGAGAGCGGAAUUCUCCUUGCCAAGGACAAGUCUACCGGUCGGAUGAUCACUGUUGAUCCCGCGGAGAAAGAGAAUGGCAGACAUGCCAUCCAUAGACGGGAGACGACCUUCCCUGAAUGGCUCAAGAAGCAGAACGAGAAUGCCGAGCCUGAUACAGAGCCUCUGAUCCCUUUUACGCAUUGGAUCACACCCAUAAAUGCCCCUAAGCGGUUCACUACGCAAAUGUACCUCUAUUUCCUGCCUCUUCCGCAGGAGUCGGAGAAGCAGCUUCUGCGGGAUAUCCCGGCGGAGGGUGGACGUGAAGAGGUCCAAGUGCCUACUACUGAUGGAGGUGUUGAGAUCAUGGAAGCACGGUUCCUGCCGGCUUCGGAAUGGCUACGGUUAGCAGGUGCAGGAGAGAUCAUCCUGUUCCCACCGCAGUAUAUGUUGCUACAUAUCGUCUCUGGGUUCCUGGAUAAGGAACCUCGAGACACUGCCUCGCCCGAGGAGCUGAAGAGGCGCCGAUCGGAGCUAGUCGAGUUCGUGCAUUCUGGCAGUCCUCCUUGGACGGAAAAAUAUAUUUCACCCAAGAUGCUGAAGAUGCUGCCAGACGGAAGAGUUGUCCUGGCGCUGGACAGCCCGGGACCUGAGCUUAGGGGCUCAGAUAAGAAGGGUGAAAGUGAUCGAGUGGUGAUUGUACGCUUCAAUAAAGAGGGUCCUCGUGAGGUUGAGGUACGGUGGAAGAAGGACAUGUUUGAGGAUGAGGGGAAUGGAAAGAGUAAUUUGUGAUCGUAUCUACCUAUAUCAUAUAUCCUAGAUAUCCUAGAUAAUUACACACUGUCCUCUACAGGAUCCAUAUUUUGUACUGUACGAAGACUUCUGCGG